UUGAGCUUCCUCUGCCUCCACAAUCUACAGUAGCUCAAGGGAGCUCUAACUUGUGCCAUGUUCUUGACUUACUACAGUACAUUCGUUAAUUAACUCGCGAAACUUCCAAGAGUAAUAUCAUAUAAGCACGUUACUAUACUGAGCUUCUUGUUGAACCCCUAUCACUCUUUCGUAUCUGCAGUGAUGUAAUCCUUCCUCCCUUAUAGACAACCUCACCCAACUCACCAUCAACACCAUAACCUCUUCUAACCCAAAAUGUCCGAGUCAUCACUCCCAACUUCCACAAUCGUGGCAGCAACAUCAGAGGAGGCCUCACCCACAGUCUCUCCAUUCAUACUCGCAUUCGACAUCGUUGUCGCUGUCUUCAGCUUCCUCUUCUCCUUCAACUGGUCAGGCUUCUUCUCACGGCUUUUCACCAUAAUCAGCUUUCCUUUCCGCCUAAUUCUCAUACCAUUGUCCUUUGUUCUCAACAUUCUGCUCGUUGUGUUUGCACCGGCUAUUUAUCUCUUCUCUUACACACUUGCUGGCGUACGUUCUGUAUGGGCGUUUCUGGCUAGCUUAGAGCCGCUGUAUACUUUUGUAAGGUCAAAACUUACCUCCGCUUAUCUCAGUCUAACAACUUCUAGUUUGGUGCUGCAGCUGGCGUCGGCAUCUUGGCUGGCAUCGGCCUGGCCAUGUUCUCAUCCAUAAUCACGUCCUAUCUAGGAAUGCAGAGUGACAAUAUCGACUCAGGGGGUUCAUCUUCUAAGGGAAGUUUGCUCGAGACCAGCAGUCGACGAAAUUCGCAGUCUUCAGGCACUGAGCUUGACUGGCAAUGGCUUGACUCUUCCAGUCAAAGGCGUCGACCAGCUGGUGGCUUACUAUCGCAGACCAUUCACGAGGAAGACGAUGAUGAUUCAGAGUAUUGAUCAUGUAUAAGUACUAUAGUACAUCAAAGCUCAGCUGCAAACUUCUACGCUACAGAUAAUUCCAUAAUAUAUGUGCUUAGACGAGAGGAUUGACCUGCUAAAAUCCUCU